AUGGCUGAUGACCAAACCGUGGGAUCUUUCAUCAAAGUCGAUAUCAAAUCCAAAGAGGUUCUCUUUACAUGGGACGCGACGGAUCAAAUUGACAUCAAGGAUUCCAAUAUGGAAAUGGGAUGGUCAAUCACGGGCGAUGGUCGGACCUUCGAGACAGAUUGGGAUUACUUUCACCUCGAUUCAAUCGACAAGAUGCAAGACGGAAGUUACUUGACCUCUGGACGACACACAAGUACUAUAUACAAGAUGUCCCCCAAAGAUGGAUCCAUUCUAUGGCGACUCGGCGGUAACAAGUCAGACUUUACACUCAAACCCGGCUUAAAUUUGAGCUCUCAACACCAUGUCCGAGUUCGGGGUGAAGAUGAAAAUGGCAUGACAAUAUCAUUACUUAAUAACGCAAAUGAUGAACACCAUCAGACGGCACUUUCAUCAUCUGGUCUCGUCUUGCGUAUUGGUAUGGAUACUAUGCAUGUCACUCUUGUGCAUCGAUACUAUUCGCCUCAGGGUCUUCUCGCUGAUAGAGAAGAUAGUCUCACCGAGCACAUUUUGGACGACUCGCACAUGGUUUUCGAGACAAAACUAGAAGAUCCAACUGGUUAUUGGUAUCGGAAUUGGAAGGUUAAUUUGACUACUGCGCCCGCGACUUCGCCGGUUGUUUAUGCUUUGUCUGAGGUCACUGGGGGUCCGACAGUUUGGUAUGUUUCUUGGAAUGGGGCAAUCCAAGUGCAUCUGUGGAGGAUCUAUGCCUCGCAGGAGCAGUGGGAUGGGUAUCAGUUUGUCGGGAAUUUUGAGAAAGUUGGAUUUGAGACUCGGAUUGAGAGUGAGGAGUACUUUGCUUGGACUAUUAUUGAGGCUGUUGAUGGUGCUGGACGGGCACUUCGCAAUUCGUCGGUGUCUGUUACUACUUUCACUCGAGAUUUGGAUCUAAUUGAACAGCAGAAUAUCCUGUGA